AUGAAUGCUUUUUAUGAUUUCAUCAAGAAAUCGUUGCACAUUGAUGUUAGCAAAACCCAAUUGUUUGAAAAAGUGAGGAGGUUGAAGAAGAAGUAUAAGAACAAUGCUAGCAAGAGUAAAAUGGGCGAGGAUCGGAUUUUUUCGAAGGCUCAUAAACAAAAAACGUAUGAAUUGUCGAAAAAGAUAUGGUUUGGUGGAGCUAAGUCUAUAGGUGUUGAUAGUGCAAAGGUUAAUGGGAAAGCAAAGAAUAAUCAGAGUCAAAGAGCUAUUGCAGCUUCACCAAGGGGGUCUGAUCCGCUCGUUGAUAUGAAUGCUUUUUAUGAUUUCAUCAAGAAAUCGCUGCACAUUGAUGUUAGCAAAACCCAAUUGUUUGAAAAAGUGAGGAGGUUGAAGAAGAAGUAUAAGAACAAUGCUAGCAAGAGUAAAAUGGGCGAGGAUCGGAUUUUUUCGAAGGCUCAUAAACAAAAAACGUAUGAAUUGUCGAAAAAGAUAUGGUUUGGUGGAGCUAAGUCUAUAGGUGUUGAUAGUGCAAAGGUUAAUGGGAAAGCAAAGAAUAAUCAGAGUCAAAGAGCUAUUGCAGCUUCACCAAGGGGUUGGUAG